AUGGCUUAUUUUUCCGAUCUUAGCAAACAGUGUGAAAUGAUUGGUUGCAGAAAUCAUGAUUUUCUUCCUUUCAAAUGUGAAUAUUGUAAUUUAAAUUUUUGUGAAUUACAUAGAAAUAUUCAAGAACAUCUUUGCCCCAAAUCAAAAAGUUUUGAUUCAAAGGUUGUUUUGUGUGAAUAUUGUAACUUGACUUUACCUGAUAAAACAGAAGAAAUAAAAAAGCAUUUAAUUUAUAAAUGCUCAUAUAAAAAAAAGAAAAUGUCUAUACUCAUAUGUAAUGAAAAAGAAUGUAAAACAGUUUUAAAUGGAAUUAACAAUUACAAAUGUAAAAAUUGCAAAAGGAAUUUUUGUUUGCCUCAUCGGUAUCCAGAUGUGCAUAACUGUAUCAAAGAGUCAAAAGAGAAAAGCUUCUUUCAGAAAUAUUUUUUUUUCUUUUAG